GACACCUUUAUGAAGCGGCUUGCGCAACAUCAGGCUUUUGAGGCCUUCUUUGCUUUGGUAGUUGUGAGCAAUGCUGUUUUCAUCGGAAUCGACGUGAACUAUUCCGUCUCCCACCCCGAACCUCGACCGCGCAGCUUUCAGGUAGUCCAGUAUACUUACACUGCACUCUUCUGCUUCGAGCUCCUGGUGCGCCUCAUUGCGCUCAAGUGGAAGUUUUUCUGGUCGGAUGAUUGGAUGUGGAGUUGCUUAGAUGUCUUCAUUGUCUUGACAUCUCUCUGGGAAGUGGCUGUCGAUGUGAUGGCCAUGGUGUACGAGGGGAAUGGAGGCAUUGACACAAUUUCGGGCCUUACCAACAUGAAGUCGUUCCGGAUCAUCCGCCUGACGCGUCU